UCCGAUUGGCGCAGCAGUCGAAGCAACAAAAAAGAACCGUUUCAAGACCGUGCAACGUCGAGAGCCCCAAAAUAUUAGUUGAAAAUAUUCGUUCCCCCAGUUAAUUGUUCUCUUCUAUUCCCUAAUUUUUCCCUUUGAAUCAUUCUAUAGUUUCAUGCUUAGCGAGCCCAAAUUGAGUUUCUAGUGUAGUCUUUCUCAUGUGUUGUUGUUGGUCGGCGGGGGCGGCUGAAAAAAAAGGCGAUUCUUAUUAAGAUUCAAAUCGAGUGCCAUUUGAACCAAGUGCCGGCACUAAUGAGAUGGUCUUCGGUGCUAUGUUGCUGACGGGCAACGGGCUCAAAGGUCCCAAACAGCAGCAACAUCAGCAGGAUCAGCAAAACCAUCAGAAUCAGCAGGAGCAGCAGGAACUGGAGCAAACGAAACCGGCGGCCAUUAGAUCCUCCAACAAGGAAAAGGAUCAGCAACCCAUUGCCGCUGGAUAUUAUGCCCUCGGCAUACGCAUACCUAAAUCACCAUCCUUUCACAGCGGCCUAGAUCAGCUGGCCGACGACGAGUUGGAGGAACAGGAUCGGGAUCAGCAGGGUCAAGAGCAACAGCAGCAGCAGGCCGGUAGCCGGUUCAAAUUUAGCAGCGUGGAGGAGCUCAAGGCCAAGUUCGAGGGGCGGAAAACGCCCCUCUCGCCCCCUGAGGCAGCAGCCGGCUCAGGAGUACCCACCACCACAUCCUCCUCACCCUCGUCCUCGUCCACUAGCUCCAACUCCUCGGCCUCGGCGCUGUCCUCGCUCUCCCAGGCGGCAUCAUCCUCGCUAGCCUCGGCGGCGGCCAAUUCCUCAGGCUCAUCCUCGGCAGCCACUUACGGCGGUGGAGCUAAUUCGGCGGCUGCGGCUCUGAUUGCCUCCUCGCCGUUUGGAUCACAGUCCUCCACUUCCUCAUUGUCGCUAUCCUCGAAUGCCGGCAUGUCGAAGAACGCGGCAGGAGCGGGAUCAGGAUCAGGAGCUUUGGGUAGCUCGACGACAGCAGGUCCUGCAAGUGCUGGCAACUCGCUUGUGUCCACUCUUGCGCAGCACUUCUCAGCGGCCACCUCCGCCGCAGCAUCGGCCGCAGUCGCUGCAGCCUCCUCCUCAUCAGCUUCCUCUUCCACCGCCACCAACAACGCAGGCAGUUCCAUCGCCGCCAGCAAGUCACCUGUAAGCGCGGCCGCGGCCAUAAAGAACAUACUGAAUGCCACCAAGAAUGUGGGAACCAGUGCUGCGGCCUCGUCCUCCUCAUCAACCUCAUCCUCCACGCCGGUGGUGCCAACGACCGCUGCCGUCGUCGCCAUCGUUUCCACCAACAGCGAUGUGCCCGCAGAGGAGCUGCGUCCCACGGUGGCCCAGAAUUUGGUGGGCGGCAUUAGCAUCUCACUGGGGCUUGGCCAGCGCAAUGGCAGUGCUGCGAACCCGUCAUCGGCAGUUGUGGCGACAUCGAACGCCAGCCUGGUGGUAACCACAUCCAGCCUGAGCAUCCGCCAGAACGGUGAUAUUGUCCAGGGGUAUCCGGGUCUCCAGGCCUCGUCCCAGACGCUGCAACAGCUGACGGGCAGUCCAGGAAGGGCACGCGAUCGGAAUCUGUUCUACUCGCCACCCACCGCUUCCGUUGCCCUGGCGCUGCCUGCACUGCGAGAGACGGCCACUAGUGAACGAGAAGAGCUGUUCAUACAGAAGAUCCGACAAUGCUGCACACUAUUCGACUUCUCCGAGCCGCUGAGCGACCUCAAAUGGAAGGAAGUGAAGCGUGCGGCCCUCCACGAAAUGGUCGAUUUCCUCACCAACCAAAAUGGCGUCAUCACCGAAAUUAUUUACCCAGAGGCGAUCAAUAUGUUUGCUGUCAAUCUUUUCCGAACUCUGCCGCCAUCGUCCAAUCCGAAUGGCGCCGAAUUCGAUCCGGAGGAGGAUGAACCUACGUUGGAAUCUUCGUGGCCGCACCUACAACUAGUCUAUGAGCUGUUCUUGCGGUUCUUGGAGUCACCGGACUUCCAACCAAACAUGGCUAAACGUUUUAUCGACCAUCAAUUUGUAUUACAACUAUUGGAUUUAUUCGAUUCGGAGGAUCCACGUGAACGUGAUUUCCUAAAGACUGUUUUACAUCGCAUCUAUGGAAAAUUUUUGGGCUUGAGAGCAUUUAUUAGGAAGCAGAUCAACAAUGUCUUUUACAGAUUUAUUUACGAAACGGAACAUCAUAAUGGCAUAGCCGAAUUAUUGGAAAUUCUGGGCAGCAUUAUUAAUGGCUUCGCUCUACCGCUCAAAGAGGAGCACAAACAAUUUUUACUUAAGGUAUUGCUGCCAUUGCACAAAGCCAAGAGCCUCUCGGUCUACCAUCCGCAGCUUACCUACUGCGUGGUGCAGUUCCUUGAGAAGGAUCCUAGUUUAUCGGAGGCGGUCAUCAAAAGCCUGCUUAAAUUUUGGCCGAAGACACACAGUCCCAAGGAGGUGAUGUUUUUGAACGAACUUGAGGAGCUACUGGACGUUAUUGAGCCGGCCGAAUUCCAGAAGGUGAUGGUUCCGCUAUUCCGUCAGAUAGCCAAGUGUGUCUCGUCGCCGCAUUUCCAGGUGGCCGAGCGGGCAUUGUACUAUUGGAACAAUGAGUACAUUAUGUCGCUGAUAGCAGACAACUCGGCGGUGAUAUUACCCAUCAUGUUCCCAGCGCUCAACCGUAACUCAAAGACGCACUGGAACAAGACCAUCCAUGGUUUAAUCUACAAUGCACUCAAACUAUUCAUGGAGAUGGACCAGCGGCUUUUCGACGAGUGCAGCAAGAACUACAAACAGGAAAAGCAGAUGGAGCGUGAGAAGCUGUCGCAAAGAGAGGAGCUUUGGCAGCAGGUGGAAAGCUUGGCCAAGACCAACCCGGAAUGGACUAAGGCGCGCCGCUUCAAUGACUGCCUGCCGCUCAGCGAAAGCCGGGCCCUGUACGAUCAAUAUAGUGAGAAUUGCGAUCUAGCCUACGAACAGAGUGAGCAGCAGGCGCGCCAGCCGCCGCCUCCACUGCCGCCCCAAAAACAGGCGCUCCAGGAGCCCCGAGAGUAAACACGUGAAAAUAAAAUUGUACAGUUGAAUUUGAAUUGUCUAACUUAAGGCGUAGGCGUUUACCACCUUGAUUGAUUAUAUCUUUCGACUUCUGCCACAUACUUCGACAUAGCUAUAUGAUCACCACACCACAUGCAUACACAAACAUACUAUAUAUACGUAUAUAUGUUUAACUACUCCACAACUCAAAUUUACAAAUAUUAUAUGCUAUUUAGCUUAGCAGUUAGCAGCUUACCUAUAAAUAUUUAUAAAAACAAAUAUCACCCAGAAGGACAGAUAAUUUGUGGUAUGUAUGUAUAUGUGUGUAUUUUUGUAUGUAUUACAUAUUAUAUAUAGAAAUAUAUGUGGGGACAAAUGUAUUCCUAAAGAUCGAGAAACCGGAUUAGGUGUUUUUUUGUUUUGAAGCCAGUGGAAACGCUGACUCGAUCCUGAAGAACGUGAAGAAUCAAGAAUGUGCCAAUUUCUGGGCCCCUUACCAAAAUUAUUACCCCAGAGGAGAAUAUAUAUUUAUAAGCUUCCUUCUAUCGUCACCAGCUCCCGAAUCAUUCACAACAAAAAAAACAGACUUGGACUUUGCUGGUCGUAGCAUAUUAUUCUAUAUGUUAAUCUAAAUAUACAAAUAUUUAAUAUAAGAUCCGUGUCAACCACUUGUUUGGUUCUAUAGUCACUACCGGGUCC